AUGGCAAAUGCGUACCAGACAACCCUGGACAGUCCAGCACAAACUAAGCGGGAGUCAUUUCUGAGUGUCGCCAAAUUCGGCAGAGAGCGGGCUAAUUACUUCGCGAGUUCACCUUUGAAUCGGCUCUCAUUUCUCCGCGAUAACCACGAAUUUCUUACCGGGGCAUUCGACCACGCCUCGACCAAUUUCAUCUGUUUUCGUGGCCUUGCGCCACUGCAUAAUGCACGGGGAGAGAUCCAUUAUGUUACCCGCGAUACUAUCAGUCCAAUUAUAACGUCUAACCCUUUUGAAACAACAGAAGAGGAAAUGGUCCAGUCGUUCAACUCCAGCAUUGUUGCUCCACAGCUUGUUUUUUUGGGCAUAGACCAACGGAAUACUGCUGGGUACUGUUUUCGCAACUUCAUUGGAGCCCCAUACUUCGCUCUGGACCUCACUCCGAAGCAUACCUACGAGGUCGCCGCUUCGAAUCUCGCGAGGGACCUCGAAGCACAAGGGUUGUCUUUUGCCGAGGGACGUCCCAUGCACUACGAUGCAGAAUCAGCUGCCAUAUUUGCCCAGGCCCGGCACUAUUUAGACUGGAACGCGCGCAACACCUUUUGCGGGACGUGCGGUCAAAAGACUCUCUCUACCCAUGGGGGUGCGAAGCGCGUCUGCCCCCCUACGGACCGUGCCGAAUCGACUUCCGCCCGGGCUGCAUGCUCUACGAGAACGACGAUAUCAAACCUCAGCUUCCCCCGCACCGAUCCCACGGUCAUCGUUGCCGUGCUCUCGUUCGACGGUCAGCGGGUGCUACUCGGUCACCAGAAGCGGUGGCCAUCGCGCCGAUUCUCCGCUCUGGCCGGAUUCAUCGAGCCCGCAGAGUCCGCAGAGGACGCUGCACGGCGUGAGGUGUGGGAGGAAACCGGUGUGGUUCUGUCACGCGUGGUGAUUUUCUCCACCCAACCCUGGCCCCUUCCGGCGAACUUGAUGGUUGGAGUUAUUGGUCAGGCACGCUCACCAGAGGACGAAAUCAUCAAGCUUGACAUCGAUCCUGAGUUAGAGGCCGCCGAGUGGUUUCGGCUUGCUGAGGUCGGAGAAGCGUUAAGGGCUCAGACAGAAGCAGAAGGAUCUCCGUCAGUCCACGACCUCGGAGGCUGCGGUUUGACGUUGCCACCGCCGACCGCUAUCGCGCACCAUCUGCUUGGAGCAGUCGUGGAUGAGUACUUUCAGAUUGAUGCUGCAACAUGGGGAUAA